AUAGUACUCUUUGACACAUUCCAUGUGAAACCCCUCCAACCUCUCUCUUUCUCUCUUUACAUUAUUAUAUAAACACUUCUGAAAACAGCUUUCUCUUCACUUCUCGUCCUUUUCUUCAAAAUAAAACUAAAGUUUCUGGUUGGAAACGAAACCCAAGAUCAAUAUUGUUAUGGGUUUCUUCUUCUUUAUUCUUUCUUUGUUUUUGUUUACAUUAACAAAAAAAGCUGAGAGCUUCCAUAAUAAUAUUAAUUAUAACAUUACUGUUACCGACAGUGUUAAUAAUUUCUCUACCAGUUCAACCAGAGAAUUACUAGCUGCAAGAAGUAAAUGCAAUUGGUUCCAAGGCAAAUGGGUCUUUGAUCCUAAAUACCCUCUUUAUAAUCCUUCAACUUGUCCUUUCUUAGAUGCAGAAUUCAACUGUCAAAGAAAUGGCCGCUCUGAUAAAUACUAUCUCAAGUACAGAUGGCAGCCUUUCUCUUGUAACUUGCCCAGGUUUAAUGGGCGGUAUUUUCUGGAAAAAUGGAGAGGGAAGAAGAUAAUGUUUGUGGGUGACUCACUGAGUUUGAAUCAGUGGCAAUCUUUGACAUGUAUGCUUCAUGCUUCUGUGCCUAAUUCAAAAGCUACACUGAUAAGAACAGAUGGGUUAGCUUCUGUCACAUUUGAGGAGUAUGGAGUUAAGAUACUUCUAUAUCGAACACCAUAUCUAGUAGAUCUUGUCAGUAGCAAGGCAGGAACUAUUUUGAAGCUCGACUCAAUAUACGGUGGCAAUACAUGGCUAGGAAUGGACGUUCUGAUCUUUAACACAUGGCAUUGGUGGACCCACACAGGAAGAACUCAACCAUGGGAUUAUAUCCAAGAUGGGAAUAGAAUGUACAAAGAUAUGAACCGUCUAAUUGCAUUUUAUAAAGGACUCACUACAUGGUCUAGAUGGGUCAACCGAAAUGUUGAUCCUUACAAAACCAAAGUCUUCUUCCAAGGCAUCUCUCCCACUCACUAUGAGGGAAAAGAUUGGAAUGAACCUACAAAAUCAUGUGUUGGAGAAACCCAACCAUUCUUUGGAACAAGAUAUCCAGCAGGAAUACCACAGGCUUGGGUUGUGGUCAAGAAAGUACUGAGCAGGAUCAAGAAACCAGUUUAUUUGCUAGAUGUAACGACUCUCUCACAGUACAGAAAGGAUGCUCACCCAUCAGACUUUAGUGAUAACCACAAGACAGAUUGUAGCCAUUGGUGUUUACCUGGAUUGCCUGAUGCUUGGAAUGAGCUUUUAUAUGCAGCUCUCUUUUAGUUGGCUCUUUCUAGGGUUAAUAUUAAUUAGUAACUUCUAAGGCAGUUGAUUUUUUACUAGAAGAUGAUCAUUAUUUCAAUGAUUUUAGGAUUUUGAAGAUUUUCUUUGUUCCUUUCCAUUGUUCUUGUGCAAGUGGGAAAUAAGAAAUUUAGAAUGGGGAAUGUGAUGCUUCAAUUGUAAAUUUUAUAUUGUUUCUUUUGGCAAUGAAGUUGCCAUUAAUUAA